AGUUCGGAAAAUAUCAUGAAGAUGUGGAGUUGUGUUUACAUUACAGCAGGAUUGCUUUUCUUUUCUACACUCAAAGAGGUUGACCUGAAGUCAGAUACUGACUUUUGUCAGAUAAAAAACUGUCCAAAUGGCACGGAGAUGCCACAUAUUGCAUGCAAUCACUCUCCCGGUGCCAUUGGUGUUUUAAAAUCUGUAGGUCGAAAACUCAAUAUUAUAAAGAGCUGGUCGUCACACUGCGGUAAAAAGCCAACGAUUAUAGCGGUACCCGAGAAAAUGAUGAAGUUCAUUCUUAACUAUCACAACACGUAUCGUGACUUAGUGGCCGGAAGCAGAUUCCACAGGCUACCCAAUGCAGGACGGAUGCUCAAAAUGAAGUGGGACAGCGAACUGGCCCAUGUGGCUGAAGUCCUGGUGAAACGCUGCGAUCUCCAGCCCACGAAACACUGUAUUUCCACGGAGGAGUUCGCCUCUCCGGGAUACAAUUCUGUGUACAACAAAUUCAAGAGGAACGAGGAUGGAUUCAAGAUAGUCAGGUCACAGCUGAAUGCCUGGUACGACGAGUACAAACACGUCUCGCCUUCUAGCCUAAUAUAUGGAUUGUCCAGUGAGAAGAAGGAGAUCGGACACUUCCUGAGAAUGAUGGUGGGCCCAAGUAACCGGUUGGGUUGUGCCUCGGCUAGGACCGAGAAAGACGGAUUCACCCACCAAUGGUUAACCUGUCUCUACAGCUGCUCACCGGAAAAUAACUCCAUGAUCUACCAGUAUGCUGCCAAGCCCGGAUUGCUUUGCACCACCGGAGUCGACGCCAAGUUUCAACAUCUCUGCAGUUCCGAGGAGCCGGUGGAAAAUUGCAAGCCGUCGUCAUUAACCAAUACGGCCAUCCCCACCGACACUGUAUCGUUGAUAAGAAGUAUGGCGAUCAACCGAGGCCAGGCGAAAAAAACUCUAUGUGGCUUCUGUGCUCGCUGUUGCGAUACAGUGGACUGGGCGAAGGGUUCUUGGAGUCAGAUCAAGAAUACUUUGGGCGAACUUACUGAGGACUAUUUUUGAAUACAAAUAUUUUUUAAAUACAAGCAAAUCUGUAUAGAUUAAAAAAGAAUCACGUAAUAAAGUGCUUAAAAAAAGCCAGUUCAAUAAGUAAA